AAACAACACAAUAAUCUAAAAAGAAAAAAAGAAAAAGUAGAUCUGCCAUGAGGGCUCCCACCCCCCUCUUUUUCUCUCACACACACACCAGCACACCUCUUUCUCAAUCUCUCUCUCUUCUUUUCGCUUCUCUUCUCUGUAAUCUCCUUCUCUUUUUUCUGUAAAGAUGGUCGCCGAUCGUUGGAGAUGGCUGCUGAUCGAAGGACAUCUUUGGUGUUCUGUGGCUCGAGUUUUGUCUUUCUCGUCAGCUUCUUCAUUAUCGUAGCUGUCUAUCUUCGUCGACUCCGGCUGCUGUGAACAACCGAAAAUUAGCCAAGAAGCAUUUCUGUGGAACCAAAACAGUGCCAAUCAAGCAAGCAACAUCAGUGGCAUGAUGAACCAUGAUUUGGAGACACAUAGUACUGCAAUCCCAUUUGAAGCCACUGCUCAAUCUUCUUCAAGUGGUCGGAAUCAAUGGUUACAAUCCAUAAUGGAUGAUGGAGGUAAUAUCAAUGCUACUCUAUCUGCUACACCACGAAUACAAAAAGUUCCACCAGCACUGCGAAUGAACACAGAUAACGGGAAAUACUAUGAACCCCAUUUGGUUUCAUUUGGUCCAUACCACCACGGCAAAGCUGAGCUUGAGCCAGUUGAAAAAUCUAAGGCUACAAUCGUGAGACAGUUUGUUCUAGGGAGUGGCAAACCGAUAGAUGAUUUCUACAACAAGGUUGUGGAGUUGGCUGACAAUGCUAGGAACUGCUAUCUUGAAGGCUCAACAGAUGCCUUCACUCAUGAAGAAUUUGCGCAGAUGCUGUUCCUCGAUGGUUGUUUCAUUCUCUGUGUGAUUGAAUGCAUAGCAUAUGGCAAUGUGGAUCUUGCUAAAAUAAUAAUUGGUCAUCUAGGCCUCUUUACAUCGAGUCGUGUUUUGGCAGAAAUGUUCUUAUUGGAAAAUCAGCUUCCAUUCCUCGUUCUAUGGAACUUGGCGAAAAUAAAAUUCCAAGGAGAUGCAGGGGAGCAAAUGAUCGAUUCAUUCAUUUAUCAUGUCACCUCGACCAUCCCACUGAGUCAAAGUAGGUCAAAGAUAGCACAAGGCCAAGGAAGAACUAUCCUGGCACUCCGAGGGAUUAUUCUCAUUCAUUCCGUUCAGUCAUGGAACUCAAGGCAAAGGGAAUUCAUGUCAAGCCUAGCAGCACUGGCUACUUCACAGGCAUCUACUUCAAAUCAAACUACAUCUCUGGAGAGCUUAAACUUCCUCCUAUCAUGAUUACCCCUUUUAGCAAGCAUUUAUUUUUGAACUUGAUUGCCUAUGAAAUGUGCCCGGAUACUCCCAAUGACUUGGGUGUCACCUUUUAUAUCCAUUUUAUGAAGUCCCUC